GUGUUAGUGAUGGAGGAGAGAAGAUGGCGGAAGCGGAAUUUAAGGACCACAGUACAGCUAUGGAUAGUGAACCAAACCCUGGAACAUCUUCUGUGUCGACAACAACCAAUAGCACCACAACCACCACCAUCACUACUUCCUCCUCUCGAAUGCAGCAACCACAGAUUUCUGUCUACAGCGGUUCAGACCGACAUGCUGUACAGGUAAUUCAACAGGCAUUGCAUCGCCCCCCGAGCUCAGCUGCUCAGUACCUUCAGCAAAUGUAUGCAGCUCAACAGCAGCACUUAAUGCUGCAUACUGCAGCUCUUCAGCAGCAGCAUUUAAGCAGCUCCCAGCUUCAGAGCCUUGCUGCCGUUCAGGCAAGUUUGUCCAGUGGAAGACCAUCUACAUCCCCCACAGGAAGUGUCACACAACAGUCAAGUAUGUCCCAGACAUCUAUCAACCUCUCUACUUCUCCUACACCUGCACAGUUAAUAAGCCGUUCUCAGGCUUCCAGUUCUACCAGCGGCAGUAUUACCCAACAGACUAUGUUACUAGGGAGUACUUCCCCUACUCUUACGGCAAGCCAAGCUCAAAUGUAUCUCCGAGCUCAAAUGCUGAUUUUCACACCCGCUACCACUGUGGCUGCUGUACAGUCUGACAUUCCUGUUGUCUCGUCGUCAUCGUCCUCUUCCUGUCAGUCCGCAGCUACUCAGGUUCAGAAUUUAACAUUACGCAGCCAGAAGUUGGGUGUAUUAUCUAGCUCACAGAAUGGGCCUCCAAAAAGCACUAAUCAAACUCAGUCAUUGACAAUUUGUCAUAACAAAACAACAGUGACCAGUUCUAAAGUGAGCCAACGAGAUCCUUCUCCAGAAAGUAAUAAGAAAGGAGAAAGUCCAGGUCUGGAAUCACGAAGCACAGCUGUCACCCGGACAUCAAGUAUUCACCAGUUAAUAGCACCAGCUUCAUAUUCUCCAAUUCAACCUCAUUCUCUAAUAAAACAUCAGCAGAUUCCUCUUCAUUCACCUCCUCCCAAGGUUUCCCAUCAUCAACUGAUACUACAGCAGCAGCAACAGCAAAUUCAGCCAAUCACACUUCAGAAUCCAACUCAAGACCCACCUCCAUCCCAGCACUGUAUUCCACUCCAAAACCAUGGCCUUCCUCCAGCUCCCAAUAAUGCCCAGUCACAGCAUUGUUCACCGAUUCAGAGUCAUCCCCCUCUAACAAUGUCUCCUAGUCAGUCACAGUCAGCACAGCAGUCUGUAGUGGUGUCUCCUCCACCACCUCAUUCACCAAGCCAGUCUCCUACUAUAAUUAUUCAUCCACAAGCACUUAUUCAGCCACACCCUCUUGUGUCAUCAGCUCUCCAGCCAGGAUCAAAUUUGCAACAGUCCACUGCUAAUCAGGUGCAACCUACAGCACAGCUGAAUCUUCAAUCCCAUCUUCCACUUUCAGCUUCCCCUGUUGUUCACAUUGGCCCAGUUCAGCAGUCUGCCUUGGUGUCCCCAGGUCAACAGAUUGUAUCUCCAGCAUCACACCAGCAGUACUCAACCUUGCAGUCCUCUCCAAUCCCAAUUGCAACCCCUCCACAGAUGUCAACAUCUCCUCCAGCUCAGAUUCCACCACUGCCCUUGCAGUCCAUGCAGUCUUUACAAGUGCAGCCUGAAAUUCUAUCCCAGGGCCAGGUUUUGGUGCAGAAUGCUUUGGUGUCAGAAGAGGAUCUUCCAGCUGCAGAAGCUUUGGUCCAGUUGCCAUUUCAGACUCUUCCUCCUCCACAGACUGUUGCGGUAAACCUACAAGUACAACCACCAGCACCUGUUGAUCCACCAGUGGUUUAUCAAGUAGAAGAUGUAUGUGAAGAAGAAAUGCCAGAAGAGUCAGAUGACUGUGUUCGGAUGGAUAGAACCCCACCACCACCCACUUUGUCUCCAGCAGCUAUAACUGUAGGGAGAGGAGAAGAUUUGACUUCUGAACAUCCUUUGUUAGAGCAAGUGGAAUUACCUGCUGUGGCAUCAGUCAGUGCUUCAGUAAUUAAAUCCCCAUCAGAUCCCUCACAUGUUUCUGUUCCUCCACCUCCACUCUUACUUCCAGCUGCUACCACAAGGAGUAAUAGUACAUCUAUGUCCAGUAGCAUUCCCAACAUAGAAAACAAACCUCCACAGGCUAUUGUUAAACCACAGAUCUUGACCCAUGUUAUUGAAGGCUUUGUGAUUCAGGAGGGACUGGAGCCAUUUCCUGUGAGUCGUUCAUCUUUGCUAAUAGAACAGCCUGUGAAAAAAAGGCCUCUUUUGGAUAAUCAAGUGAUAAAUUCUGUGUGUGUUCAGCCAGAGCUACAGAAUAAUACAAAGCAUGCAGAUAAUUCAUCUGACACAGAGAUGGAAGACAUGAUUGCUGAAGAGACGUUAGAAGAAAUGGACAAUGAGUUGCUCAAGUGUGAAUUCUGUGGGAAAAUGGGAUAUGCUAAUGAAUUUUUGCGGUCAAAACGGUUCUGCACUAUGUCAUGUGCCAAAAGGUACAAUGUUAGCUGUUCUAAAAAAUUUGCACUUAGUCGUUGGAAUCGUAAGCCUGAUAAUCAAAGUCUUGGGCAUCGUGGCCGUCGUCCAAGUGGCCCUGAUGGGGCAGCAAGAGAACAUAUCCUUAGGCAGCUUCCAAUUACUUAUCCAUCUGCAGAAGAAGACUUGGCUUCUCAUGAAGAUUCUGUGCCAUCUGCUAUGACAACUCGUCUGCGCAGGCAGAGUGAGCGAGAAAGAGAACGUGAGCUUCGGGAUGUGAGAAUUAGGAAAAUGCCUGAGAACAGUGACUUACUACCAGUUGCACAAACAGAGCCAUCUAUAUGGACAGUUGAUGAUGUGUGGGCCUUCAUUCAUUCUUUACCUGGCUGCCAAGAUAUUGCAGAUGAGUUCAGAGCACAGGAGAUUGAUGGACAGGCCCUUCUCUUGCUAAAAGAAGACCAUCUCAUGAGUGCAAUGAAUAUCAAGCUAGGCCCAGCCCUAAAGAUCUGUGCACGCAUCAACUCUCUGAAGGAAUCCUAACAGGAACAUGAGGCUCUAAUAUAACAGCAGUUUUACUCUUCUCAAACAGACUUGUAAGGUAAAGAUCUAAGUUGGCCUAGAGCGUUACACUUAUUAUGAUGGAUAGCCAAGCACAUUGGGAUCUUCACAUCAGAUGCUGGUAUUUCUUCUACAGAUAUAAUAAUUCAUUGUACAUUUUCAUAAUUAGCCAACAUUGGUGAAAUUAACUUUACAUACAACAUUGAAAGAUCUGUUAUAGAGGGCCAUAAUAUUUUUCAAAGAAAAGCAUUAUACUAGAUAAUUUUUUUAAAGGUGAUGUUUAUCAUUAAUAUAAAGAAUCCUUUUAAGAGUAA